UCUCUGCACGUGCCGGCGAAAUUGCCGUACACGUGUUAGCGUGUCGCAACUCGCGACCAGCAAGAUCGAGCUUUUUUGGAAGCGCAGGAACAAGCGGGCAUUUUUGCCGCAAUUUUAGAAGAGCGCAGGAGAAGAUCAUCAUGCAGGUAGCAAGUGGUUCAUAAGGUUCUGCAAGAGGGGUUCCAGAAUUUUGGCAAAAAGAAACAUCGGGGAAACUUAAUUUGAUUUAUGGAUUUUACUUCAGCUGCUUGUUCUGGAGAGAAGAAUGCAAAUGAUGUGAUAAAUGAAACAAAGGAAGGAACUAAACAUGAAAUGGAGUUAAGGGAUCCCCCAAACCAAGAUGGAGACGCCCCGAAAUCCACUGAAGAUUAUGACAUGAAGAAAGCCAAUGGCAAGGCCAUGGAACAAAGUGUUGGUAUGAAAAACGAGAGUAAUACUGGAGAUGUAAACAUGGAAGCUGCCAUUACGACCGAUGAUGUCAUACGAGCUGGAGGUUUUGGAGCUAGAGAUGAUAUAAGUAGUUUCUUACCUGUUGCAAUUGAUUCAACUGACUUUGAAGCUUCGCUUCGUGAUGCACGCGAUUUUGAAGAACCACAGGAGGAAAUAUCAAGGCCAGGUCUUGGGUGGACCGAAUCAAUGGAUGGGAAAUAGUCUUGAUCAACUUUUUACCUGUGGAUGAUGAUAGUAACUGCUGCACAUCUGAAAAAAUUCACCGUAUCUUGAUCUUUCAGUAACGAAGUGGGUUAUGACAAUCUUUCCUCUACUAUCAUGUAUUAUAUCCUGGAUUUGAAGAAUUACUUAUCUGUUAUAUUGCAUUUGCAGAUUAUCAUGUGGUUUGUUAUCUUUAUCUACAUAUUUUAUCCUUGCACAGUUAAUGGUAUUAUACAGGAAGUAACACCUAGGAAAACCAAAAUGCUGAUAAUUAUCUGCGUUGUUGUGAAACAUUGAUGAGCCAUUGCCUUCUU